ACUACAACGCGGAGGUCCUCCCACAUCCUGGAUGUGCAUCAUAUGAAUCGGUCUUUCACAGUCCAGCUAACGCUUUCCCCUCGUCCAGUUCGCCCGCUAAAUAACUACUUUCACUGGUUUUACGUUUCCUUUUCUGUGCCCAAAAUGCCUUUAAAGUUCGAGCUGUGUCCCGGUAGAAUGAUCGGAGGAAAUCACCCGUGCUUCAUCAUUGCUGAAAUCGGACAAAACCACCAGGGAGACAUUGAGAUUGCCAAGAAAAUGAUCAAAAUGGCAAAGGACUGUGGUGCUGAUUGUGCCAAAUUCCAGAAGAGUGAAUUACAGUACAAAUUCAACAAGAGAGCCUUGGAACGCCCCUACACUUCUAAGCACUCCUGGGGAAAAACUUACGGUGAACACAAGCGCCACCUGGAGUUCAACCAUGAGCAGUACAGGGAACUGCAAAAGUAUGCUGAGGAGGUGGGGAUCUUCUUCACUGCCUCUGGGAUGGAUGAGAUGGCAGUGGAGUUCCUCCACGAGCUCAAUGUGCCUUUCUUUAAAGUGGGCUCUGGAGACACCAAUAACUUCCCCUAUCUGGAGAAGACUGCCAAGAAAGGACGUCCUAUGGUGGUGUCCAGUGGGAUGCAGAGCAUGGAGACGAUGCGUCGCGUCUACAAGACCGUGAAGGAGCACAACCCAAACUUUGCCAUUCUGCAGUGCACCAGCGCCUAUCCUCUGGAAGCUGAAGACGUCAACCUCAAAGUGCUGACGGAGUACCAGAGGGAAUUUCCCGAUAUUCCCAUUGGGUAUUCCGGCCACGAGUCUGGGAUCAAUAUUUCAGUUGCGGCUGUAGCUCUGGGGGCAAAGGUCAUCGAGCGCCAUGUAACCUUGGACAAGACGUGGAAAGGAAGUGACCACGAAGCCUCGCUGGUGCCCAGUGAGCUAGCCGAGCUUGUCCGUUCCAUCCGACUGGUGGAGAGGGCGCUCGGGGACGGCGUCAAAAAGAUGUUACCUUGUGAGAAGCCAUGCCAUGAUAAGCUGGGUAAGUCCUUGGUGGCCAAAGUCAAGAUCGCCAAAGGGACCGUCCUGACUCAGGACAUGUUGACAGUGAAGGUGGCCGAGCCCAUGGGGGUCCCAGCCGAGGACAUCUUCCAGCUGGUCGGUAAGACCGUGACGGAGGACGUGGAGGAGGACGAAAGCGUCUUGCCAGAGGUGGUGGAUACGUACUGCAAGAAGAAGAAGUGCUGAGGUUGGCAGACAGAUUUAAAAUUGGUAGAAAAGGGCACUUAAUUUGAGAGGAAAUGUAAUUGAUUCCUGUGGGGAUAAUUCAAAAGCAGCUUGUGGGAUGGUAAUUUAGUUUGGUGCUGCUGAGAUUUCUGACAUUGAAGUCAUGGACGAUCACUAACGAUCAGUAACUACCUGCAUAAUUGGACAGUGCAUUAGUCUGAUAAUUGGAAUAUAUCGCAGCUGAUGUUCAAACAGUUAACUCUUUGCCAAAGGAUUUUUAAUUUUCUAAAAUCUGCCUUACUGUAAACCUACAUUGUGUAAUUUUUUGUGUUGAUUCUUAGCAAAAACCCUUUGUUCUUUCACAAAUAUGUACUCAUUCAUGUGUAAUUACUUCC